AUGAACUCCAAGACGGGUACAGCUCUGACUCCAGAGCAAUUCGAUCGGCUUUAUCUGGGACCUCCAAAUAGCGUCAAAGGUGACCUCCGACAGACAUUCGGAAAUCCAACACCGUUGGGAAUUGCUGGUCUGCUCAUUGCUAUCACACCCUUGACGUGUCAAUUGAUGGGAUGGGGGGGCGCAUACGGCGGAGGCCAGGCAACGGUCGGCUCGCUCUUCUUUCUGGGAGGCUUCUGCACUAUGCUGGCUUCUGUGGGUAAUUUCAUCUUGGGAAAUACCUUUCCAGCUACAUUCUUGGGCAUCUAUGGUGGCUUCUUCCUCUCUCUCGCCCUCACUUUGACUCCAUCCUCUGGUGCUGCGAAUACCGACGUAUAUCCCAAAGGGCCCGAAGAUCCAGGAUUCAUGGCUGCUUUCGGAUUCUUCGCAAUUUUUAUGGGCGUCUUUACCUUCAUAGUCUUGCUAGGGGCAUUGCGGACAAACUUGAUAUUGGUAAUCACCUUCAUGAUGCUGUGCCCGACAUUUGUGAUCCUUGGAGCAAGCAAGCUGUACGGGGCUGCUGGGAACACGGAAAAGCUUCACGAUCUGGAACAGGUCGCGGGCGCUUUAGGUUUUGGUAGCAUAUGCCCAGGAUGGUAUUUACUGGCUGCAGAAAUCCUGGCCAGUGUCGAUUUUCCUUUUCAACUUCCUGUAUUUGAUCUCUCUGCAUUUGUUCCAGGAGCAACAGAUCUCAGUCGUCGGCGUGCACAGCCAAAUUCGGAUUUGGAAUCAGGUGAAUAG